ACUCUUUAGAAAUAUGAUCCUUUAUUGAACUGUUUCGCAAUCCCUUUACUUCCUUCUUUGAGACGACAGUACCGCGCCUUCAUGUCAAAUUGUACUGUAUCAACAAGCAUGGCUGCAUACAAAGUGCAGGGCUGAAGUGGACGUGUGGAGGUUAGCAAGUUUUUCUCUGCAAUCAUGGGUGACAGCAACACAAUCGGGGCCCUGACUCGCCGGAGAAGGGCGACUUUCGGAGCGGUGAGAGGCGUGAGUCUGCAGCCGGUGAACGGGAGCUCAGCAGCGGGUUCUGCGAGCAUAGUGCCCGCUGACAUCGGCACCGACGGUGGGCAGAGAAAACUAGACCGUUCUCUAGAGCGGCCAACAACGAAAAGUGAGAAAAAGAGACACAGGAAUGAUUUAAGUGACAGAUUGAGCUGCCACAAGAUGCGGGAGUCCCUUCUGAGUUCAGCCAGUGGUUACAGUAACUACAGAGGAGUACUCAACUGGUGUGUGGUGAUGCUGGUGCUGAGUAAUGCUCGCCUCUUCUUAGAAAACCUGUUAAAGUAUGGCGUUCUUGUGGACCCUAUUCAGGUGAUUUCCUUGUUUCUGAAUGAUCCCUACAGCUGGCCAGCAGCAUGCCUGGUGAUUUUGUCCAACGCGUUCAUUCUGGUGGCUCUUUAUACCGAAAGGCAGCUGUCGAAGGGUUCAUUUACUGAACUUGUGGGAUUUCUGGUCCACUGGAUUAACAUGGCGAUUAUGCUAACAUUCCCCGCUACAGUGGUGCUAUUGGUUCCAUCCAUGACCCCAGCUGGUGGCGCAUUGGUUGUCGGUACUUACACCAUUCUCUUCCUAAAGCUGUACUCCUAUAAGGAUGUCAAUCUGUGGUGCAGGGAGCUGAGUACUGCCAAGGCCAAGAAACUCUCCAGGUCACUGUCCUGUCCCUCUCCACAGCAGUUUAAUGGAGGCAACCAGAGGGUGUGUUAUCCUGGCAACCUCACAAUCAGAGAUAUGUACUACUUUGUCUUUGCUCCGACUCUGUGCUAUGAACUCAACUUUCCUCGCUCUCCUGAAAUUCGCAUGAAGUUCCUGCUAAGGAGACUAUUUGAAAUGCUGUUUUUCAUCCAGCUGUUAGUUGGUCUCACUCAGCAGUGGAUGAUCCCCAUCAUUCAAAGCUCCAUGAAACCACUAGAGGACAUGGAUCUGUCCAGGAUGACGGAGAGACUCUUACGAUUAGCUGUUCCCAAUCACUUGCUGUGGCUCAUAUUUUUCUACUCGUUCUUCCACUCCUCCAUGAACUUCACAGCUGAGUUGCUCCGCUUUGGAGACAGACAGUUUUACAGGGACUGGUGGAAUUCUGAGUCGGUGACGUAUUUCUGGCAGAACUGGAACAUCCCUGUACACAAGUGGUGUCUACGCCAUUUUUACAAGCCGCUGCUGAGGAGAGGAUUCAGUAAAAUGGUCUGCCAAUCAGCAGUCUUCUUCAUGUCAGCUUUCUUCCAUGAGUACUUGGUGAGUGUUCCUCUCAGGAUGUUCAGACUUUGGGCUUUUGCUGGCAUGAUGGCACAGCUUCCAUUAGCCUGGUUUGUUGGCCGGUUCCUGCGUGGUAACUACGGCAACGCUGCAGUGUGGAUGUCCAUCAUAAUUGGUCAGCCAUUCGCUGUCCUGAUGUAUGUCCAUGACUACUACGUGAUGCAUUACCGACAGGAGGACGACUAAUACCCACACUACAUGCUCAUAAGUAGCACCAAUUUAUAGUGCAGUUAUUUUCCUCUACACAUCAGGGUGAGCUAACCACAUCAACUCUAUGAUUACAGCAUGUUUACAUUAAGCACCUGAAUUUUUUGUCUUCCAACUUGGAAAACUAAGAAUACUUUAUACAAGAUAAAGCAGAAAUAGCAAUGUACCGAUCUUGGAACGCUACAGUAACUUCAUGAGGAGGUUGAAUGCAGCAUUAUACUCAGCUGGCUUUUACUCCAGCGCCAUUUGAUGACCUCUGAUAGUUUGGGUUGAAAUGUCACUUUAAUGGAAAGCACUGUAUUUGGUACUGCAUGCAAAAUAGGGUGUAAGCUUUCUUACCACACUGUGGAUGUAAUGCGCUUCUGUAGCUCUGUGCCUGAGUGAUGUAAUUAUGAUAGAUGAAUGUUAUUUUUUUUAAUGAUAUGGCUCAAGUGUGAUGCUGGAACCUGGGGAAAAAAGAGAGAUGUAAUCUCUGGUGUUAUUCUGAGGUGGCACAAAAAGAAUGAAUGUAUUGCUCUAAAAUUCCUCAUUAUAUGAAUUUUAUAUUUGUUUUUUAUUUCUUUGUUAGUGUUUAAGAGUCCAGCAUUACUGUAAGUCUGUUUGUUUUUGACCUGAAGUGCCUUUACAAUAAUACUCAACAAAUCCAAUUGCUGCAAUACAUUUAGUGUACAGAGGUCCCUCGUUAAUCGUUACGUUCUAAAAAUAACCCGCAAUAGGCAAAAUCCGCAAAGUAGUCAGCUUUAUUUAUUACAAUUAUUAUAGAUGUUAUAAGGCUGUAAAACCCCUCACUACACACUUUAUACACUUUCCUCAGACAGGCAUUGACUUUCUCACACUUUUCUCUCUUGUUUAAACACCCUCAAAGUUCACACCUUCGUAGAAAAAUAAGUCCAUUUUUAUAGAAUGAAACGGCAGGACGCAGAACACAAUGCGCUGUAAAAAAAAAAAAGAAAAAGCAUGCAAAAUUGCACUAAAAAAAAUUUGCGAAAAACAGCAA